GUGGAGAGUGAGCACUCGAUUAUGGCGAGGCAAAAAGGAGGACUGAAACGGGCGGAGAGGCGGCAGCCAGAGCCGAGUCCGAUCGUCAUCAGUGACGCCGACGCUGCACCCCGGAGCGCACCGCGACCAGCUACGCAGCCACCCCAGACCGCACCGGCUGGGAGCAAGUCCAAGAGCAAGAAGCGCGGUGGGACAUCAAAAGCAGAGAACAGAGCCAAGGUGCAGCGGGCAAUCGAGAACGCGGAUCGGCUGCAGAUGAAGAGCGCCAAGCGGGCCAACCGCGACGAAAAGAGAAAGAGGGCGAGGGAGUAGAGAAACAACACUGCACUGUACCACUAGCAUAACAAGGGUCGCAGCAUACUUUGUGUAGCACACUGGGAGGACGGGUGUGAGAACAGAGCGAGACUGUAUUCAUUCCGUCUAGCGGACUCUACGAGAGCACAUUAAGGGGAGAGAAAGAGAGAGGCCUUACUAAUACAAGAGAGGAGAAA